ACUACUUGUUAGAUAUUACUGCAUGGUCGGAAAUAGAAGCAUAAGCAUUUCGCUACACUCGCAUUAACAUCUGCUUACCAUGUGUAUGUGACAAGUAACAUUUGAUUUGAUUUAAUACCUAGCAGUUUAAACCUGGAGCCUUGUGCACGGUUCACAACAACUAGACUGUUGUCGUUACAGUUCCAUGAUUAAUGAGUAUUAUUAGGGUAGAUUUAUAGGACUACUGUUCAACCCCUAUUGUACACUUUAUUUCACCUUCCAAUAUUUCAUAGAUGUAAAAAUUUUAUACGGCAACUUUCAGGAUGAAUAACAUUGAAAGACAUGUAUUUAGCGUGCAAGUGAACCUCAUCUGCAAAGCCCAUUAAGCACCUGCAUAAGGAAAGUCUGAAUACUAACUACUGAGAAGUGUGUUGGAAAGGCGUGCGCAGUCUGAACGGGCCGUACAUGAUCGAGGGAUACAACAGUUUUUAGUAUAGUAUUCAACAGUAUUCUACAACAUUCUAAAGUAAGUACUACACAUGAUCAAGGGAUUGUACAGUGUGUAGUAUAGUAUUCUACAAAAGUCUAUAGUAAGCACCUCACGAUCUAGGGAUACUACAGUGUAGAGUACAUGUUUUUUACAGUAUACUACCAUUUACUAUAGUUAACUACAGAAUUCUAAAGUACUAUACUAUUCUAUAGUAAACUGUAAUAUCUUUUUAUAUGGGCGUCCCUGCACUGGCUGAGGAGAAGAUAUUCACUAUCAAAGAAAAUAGCCCCUCAUAUAACUAUAUAGAAUCCAUCCAACGCCACACCCCUUGCAGGUACAGAGUACACACACAAUAAAUUCUCAUUUCUAUAACCAUAAACGCUUCUAGAGAAACGUUAGUGAACUCUGAUACUCUGCUGCACUCCAUCUGUUAGUGUGUCAGCACCAAAAUGGCAACAUCCAUGGAUUCGAUCAGUUGUUCGAUCUGCCUGGAUCCACUGAAGGAUCCUGUGGCUAUUCCCUGUGGACACAGCUACUGUAUGGGUUGUAUUAAGGAUUACUGGGAUCAGGAUUACCAGAAGGGUGUCUACAGCUGCCCACAGUGCAGACAGACUUUCAUUCCAAGGCCUGUUCUAAACACGAACACUCUGCUGGCUGAAUUGGUGGAGAGUCUAAAGAAGACAGGACAAGCUGCUCCUCUUGAUCACUGUUAUGCUGGACCUGGAGAUGUGGAGUGUGACGUCUGCACUGGGAGAAAACUCAAAGCCGUCAAGUCCUGUCUGGAGUGUCUGGCCUCCUACUGUGAGACUCACCUUCAACCUCACUAUGAAUCGCCUACAUUUAAGAAGCACAAGCUGGUCAAAGCCUCCACACAACUACAGGAGAAGAUUUGCUCUCGUCAUGACAAGCUGCUGGAAAUGUACUGCCGUACCGAUCAGCAAAUUAUCUGUUACCUCUGUAUGAUAGGUGAUCAUAAAGGCCACGAUACAGUGUCAGCUGAAUCAGAAAGGGUUGAGAGACAGAGGCAGCAGGGGGAGAAACAGAGAAUCCAGAAAAUAAAGAAAGAGAUUCAGGAGGUGAGACGUUCUGUGAAGUCACUGAAGCGGUCUGCACAGGCAGCAGUAGAGGAGAGUGAGAAGAUCUUUACUGAGCUAAUCUGCACCUUUGAGAGAAGAUGUUCUGAGGUGAAGGAGCUGAUCAAAGCCCAGGAGAAAGCAGCAGUGAGUCAGGCUGAAGGACUUCUGAAGCAACUGGAGCAGGAGAUAGCCAAGCUGAGGAGGAGAGACGCUGAGCUGGAGCAGCUUUCACACACAGAGGAUCACAUUCAUUUCCUCCAGACUUUGCAGUCCCUCUGUGUCCCUCCUGGAUCUGAGGCCUUACUGAGCAUCACUGUCAACCAACAUGUCUCUUUUGAGGAUGUGAAGAAAUCAGUGUCUGAGCUGAAAAAUCAAAUAGAAGUUAUCUGCUCUGGGGAAAUUGCCUUGAUCUCUGCAAAAAUGACAAAAGUCCAGAUUUUUCCACCCGUUGAGCCCUGUUGUCUCACGUCAUUCAGCACACCUCAGUCUGAACUGUUAGUUGGUGAACUAGCGUCAUGUAGAAAUGAUGCCACCUUACAGAAGAUAAGGCCUGAACCCAAGACCAGAGAAGAGUUCUUGGAAUAUUCCUGCCAGCUCACAUUGGAUCCCAACACCGCUAAUAACUGGCUGUGUCUGUCAGAGGGGAAUAGGAAGGUGACGUGGAGUCCAUGGAGUAAUAAGGCCCAGCCUUAUCCUGACCAUCCAGACAGAUUUUCCUCCUAUGAACAAGUCCUAUGUAGAGAGGGUCUGUCUGGAACCUGCUACUGGGAGGUAGAGUGGAGUGCAUUCAAGGCUUAUAUAGCCAUCUCAUAUAAAGGGAUUGGCAGAAUAGGACCUGGUGAUGAGUGUUGGUUUGGAGGCAAUGAUCAGUCCUGGAGUUUGGUGUGUUGUUCUAUCCUUGGCUGUUAUUUCUACCACAAUAACAAACGGACUGCCACACGUGUACCCCGCUCUUCCAGAAUAGUAGGAGUGUACCUGGACCACAGGGCAGGAACUCUGUCCUUCUACAGCGUCUCUGACACAAUGACCCUCCUCCACAGAGUCCAGACCACAUUUAAUCAGCCCCUCUAUCCUGGGUUCUGGAUUUAUGCUGGAUCAUCUGUAAAGAUACUGAACCAGUGAUUAACUUCGUUAAAAAUACAGGCAUGCUACUGUAUAUGACAUGUUCAACUAUCCAUGUUGCAAAAUUUUUGCAUUUUUAAAGAUUUGAUCACUCUUCACAAUGUCACGCAUAGUUCUGAUAUCUACCCUAAUAAUCCACACUAAUCAUGGGACUGUGGUGACAAUGGUCCAGUCCUCGUGAACCGUGCUCCAGGUUUAAACUGCUACAUAUGGUUUGCGUACUAUAAUGAUUCAAAUAGGCUACAUGUCCCAAAUUAUUGAACAACUUGUAAUAUGUUAGCCUUAUAUGAUGCACUAUUGCUAGCGAUCCUCAGGAACAACCACACAAAUGUGUCAGAGGAAAGAAAGUUAAACUAACAAUGGAAUGGAAUGAUUCAAAAUGUAAGGAAAUUAACACUAAAGUCAAUGACAGUUAUAAAUGUAUGUGGGUCUAACUGACGGUGACGUCCUAUAGUGGCUAAUAUUUAUCACGAUUCAAAUUGUAAAGAAUACUGUGAAAAGUCCGCGCAUAUAAUUAAACAUUCUAGAAAACCUAAAUCAACUGAUUUGGCGCUAUAGUAUCAUUUGCACACGGCUACAGAAGGCUAUAGCUUUGGGUCUCCAAAUUUCAUCCCAAGUUAUUAGGCCAGCAUUUCAUAAAUGUCACUGUGGAAAAGGUGAUUUGUUGAUAUGCUUGUUUGCUGCCAUAUGACUGGUUUCACAUUUGUCUCCAGGGAUCAUAAGGUAAAAUAGGUCUAAAACGAUUGUAAUUUAUGUUUACAAUUCCCUUAUCCAAACCGCUUACCCACUUACCUAGCUCGUUAUCAAUAGCUCCUAUUAAUUUGUAAAUGACAGAGAAUGGAGAAUGGUGUUAUUUCUAUCAGAAAACAAAUAAAUGAGAUAUUCCACUUGGAACUGACAGGUUGCUCAACCUUAUUCAUAAUUUCAUCACGCGUAAAGGUGGGGGAAUCAUGAGGGCAUUAAGUCAAUUCAUCUGUAGACAUACCUUCGCCACACCUUUAUUUUUUUAUCUCCACCCCAAACGAAUAGCGGGUGAAUGGCAUGCUAUUCUCAUGCUUAAGUUCAAGGUCCGUAUACACGUAGAGAGAAAAGUGCAUAAGAAGGGAAUUAUUUUCCAUUUACACUGCUUAACUUGGGUAGGAAUUCCCCCUUGGUGAAUAGAAUCCUAUUGACUCUUGGAACUAUGACGACCCAGUCCUAUGGUUCCAGUUUACUAUGGAACUAAUCCUGACUAUCACCGACAUGAUGGAUUUUCACUGUGGUCUAGCUUAAAUUUCACAUUUUAUUUCAGCCUAAAAAAAGAUUUCUUGAGAAUUGAUUACAUUGUUGAUUAUGAUAUUUUGGUUUUAGACAAACAGAAAAAUAGACAUACAGAGGGAUGAGUUUCUACACAAAAAUAGCUUGUUAGUAACAAUACAUUUAGUAUGUAAAAAGAAAAGAAAAAAAAUUGUGCCUCCACCCUUUGUGAAAGGCUGUGUUAAUCAUUUCAAGUAACAGUGGAACUAAUUGGUUCCAAAAAAUUGUAUAGACCUCAGUAGCAGUACUGUCCCAACCAAGUGAUUUGCUUUUCUCCAAUGCCCUUUUAAGUUCAUGGAGAGAGCUUUGGGCUUCCAUAUCUUUAAAAAAGGACUCACUCUGGCUUGGUGUUGAUUUAUACUCAGACGUGUACAAUUCUUUAUAGAAGCAGAAUAAUCUUUGGUUGAUUAAUUUGGGUUCUGAUUGUAAUUUACCUGACUCAGAUUCAAUAGUUGCAAUAUCCACUAAUUGAUCAUUACUGCGAAGCAUGUUAAGCUUUUAGAUGACUGGGUUGAUUACCAUGGAAGUAAUGGUUGAGUCUAACUCGAUGGUUGGCUAAUUCUGCUCUCUGCCUAAUCAAUAGAUUUAGUUCUGUCUUGACUUUGGAGAGAGUAGUCGCUACCUGAAAAAAGUGUUUGUUGACAUCGUUAACAACUUUUACAAUUAUGAUAUCUUCUUUAAUUGUGAUUUAUUCAGUCCGGAUGCAAAUGCAUUUGCAUUGUUUUUAAUAAAUACCUUUAAUAGUGUCCCAUAAAGUCAAAGGAUGAUAGACUGAGUUUUUAUUAAUCAUUAUGAAUUCAUUCAAUUCAGUUUUAAAUUGGUCACAGAAAUUAGGAUUUUGUAGUAAGGAAACAAUAAAGUGCCAUCUUGUGGCUCUUUUAGCA